AUGGAGAGCGAACAAAUCACGAUUCUCAUCCCGCCGAAACCGGAAGCCGGAACCUACAUGCUCGAUGGGCAAACCGGAGCUUUUCUGACUGCUGCGACAGACAACCAGCUCGCGAAACCACGGCGAAGCAGCCCUUCGUCGCACCGAUUCACUCCGCGAUUUCUCGUGGGGCGAGUGCUGGGCGAAGGAGCGUACGGCGUGGUGGAGAUUUGCCACGAGAGGCGCUCUUGGAACUCGCCACGUGGCAGCCCGAGGGUACACCUGUCUCCUUCUUCCGCAGCACCUGGUCAAGAAUGCGCGGAGUCCACAAUUUGCCGUUUUGUUAAUGGCGACGUCCACGCAGUCGAAAGUGGCGACGUUGGCGAAGCUUUCGCAUGCAAGACGGUGGAACGAGCAGGAAACAGCGAGGAGACGUGGAAGGCGAAAGCGACAGCAUUAAGGAGAGAAGGCAAAGUGAUGCGACACCUAGGUAAACACCCAAACAUCGUGGAAUUGAAAGGCGUGUACGACAGCAACGACCGCGUGCGACUGGUGAUGGAGCUGUGCGACCGUGGCGACUUGCUCUCUCUGCUCUUGGGCAAGAAGAAUUUCAUUCAAUCCGUGGAACAGCAGCAGAAGCCGAAACACCGGACAUCCGAGUCGUCUUGGCCGUCACUGAAGAAACUAUCUUCGUUCUGCAGAUCAAGCUUUAAAAACAGAUCCGGUGAACGACCAACUGGUCUUCCUGAACACCUGGUGGCUGGCAUAUUUUGGCAGCUAGUGACAACUGUGCAGCAUUGCCACUCGCACCGUGUUGUCCAUCACGACAUCAAGCUGGAAAAUGUGCUGCUGACGUCAGCUUCUCCAGCUUCCAAGCUCUCUGGAACAGGCACGUGUCCUUUUACAGUGAAGCUGGCGGAUUUUGGCACAGCAACUAUCCUCAAACCGGGCCUGGAUUUUACGAUGGGAAAUGUCGGGAGCGCUGCGUAUAAAGCACCUGAAGUCUCUCAAGACAGCUGUCACGGCACGCCGGCUGAUGUUUACAGCCUCGGGGUUGUCCUGUAUGCGCUCCUAACCUCCACGUUCCCGAAUUUUGAUGCGAGCAAAGGCACGGUUGCACACAAGAAUCCACAAGACUUCAUUGAUAAUGAGUUGACAGUGCAUCUUUCAUCAGGUGUCAAGCAGCUGAUUGCCUCAAUGCUCACUGUGGAUCCUGCAAAAAGACCCACAUGUUCACAAGUGCUGGAGCAUUCAUGGGUGCAUGGGGGCAGAGGAAGUUGCUGA